AUAUAUUUUUGCCCUUCUAAUUUUUUUCAGGAAAUCAAAGAAGAUAAUAUUGUAAUGAAAAAAGAUAUUGCUGAUCUUAAAACAAAGGUGAAUGAAAUUGAGGAGGGAAUGAAACGUUUCUUUGAUUUUAUGGAGGUUACUGCGAAGAAACAUGAUGCAAACAAGGAAGUUCCUGGUGAAAGGCAAGGAGAAGGAGAACAGGAGAAGGUGAAGAACAAAGAUCGGAAGUCUUCUUCUCAAGAGGGGAAAUCCUUAUCUGAAGAUGAUUUGCAUCAAAGUAUGAAUGACUUCAACACUGUAGAAUGUGUUGGUCCUUUAGCAAUUAUUCCGGUUUCCAAUGUGGAACCAAUUCAAAAUGAUCUUGAAGAAUUUACAACAAAUAAAAUUGAUAUUGGCCAUGACAAAGAUUUUGAGACUACUCCAACUUUCAAUAUUUUAUCCCAAUCAUCAAAUGACAAUUAUGAGGUUAAGAAAUUAUACUCAAGAAAGAGAAGGGAAAGGAAACCAAGCAAAUAUGUUUGUUCUCCAUACACCCAUAAUUUGUCAGCAAUUGUUUUUGCUUUGUCCAAUGAACGAAGAAAAAACGAAAGAACAUUUCAUUGGAUGAUUUCGUUUUGA